CCACUGACCUGCGGGACCGUUUCAUGCGGUCCCAGGUUAAUGGGAGAGUCUCCCUGGUCUGCAGUACCGCAGAGGAGACUCAUCCAUAGAAAACAGUCAGCCAAGCGACGAGGAGCGACAGGGAGGAUCCCCAGGCUCUUAGCAGAGGAGAAGCAGAGUGCACGCGCAGGCAAAAAUCUGCAGGACCUGAGAGCGGGACGGAGAAGGGAGACCGAGAAUGCAGGAGCAGGCGGCGAGCUCGCGGCCGUCCAGCAGCGAGAGAUCCUCCAGCUCCGCGCACCACAUGGACAUGGAGGUCAAGGAAGGGAUGGAGAGCGACGAGGAAAUAAGGAGAGUGCCGGAGCUGGGCCUGGAGCUCCCCGGCGGCGCUUCCACGUCGGGCAGGGAGGCCGGAGUUGGCGCCGGCGGCCCGGAGCGCGCCCAGUCGUCCACGGCGCAGGCCAGCUCGCGCCGCCGCGUGCGCAGCCCCGCCGACAAGGAGCACAAGCGCCUCAAAAGAUUACUGAGGAACCGGGUGUCAGCCCAACAGGCAAGAGAGAGGAAGAAGGCUUAUCUGACUGACCUAGAGGUGAAGGUAAAGAACCUGGAGAAGAAGAACUCAGAGAUCGAAGAGAAGCUCUCCACCCUCCAGAACGAGAACCAGAUGCUCCGACAGAUACUGAAGAACACCACUGUAAGCAGAAGAGGCCCAGGCAGCACUGCUAGUGGAGAGGGCCAAUAGCACAGAAGCUGAGGACAAAUAGUGAUGCUUUUAUGCCAAAUAUAUAUAUAUAUAUAUAUACUUAUGUGGAAUGGAUUUGGUCAGGGCGUUUUCUAGCCGAAGAAGAGAACCCCAAAAAAACUGGGGUGAAGAAAUUGUGAAGACGGUCAUAUAGUAUCGCACUGUAUUACUAUCCGACCAGGGGCGGAUCCGGGUCUGGAGCUCUGUUCUCGUCCGCCUUACCGCCUUGAGAACAGAGGUCUGGAGGGGCUCGAACCCCUCCGACAUCCGUGUUCGAUGUACAGAUCGUUCAGGGGAAAAACUUGUGGAAUGCUUGAACAUAUAUCGUAUCAUUUUGAGACAUUUAACAUCUUUACAUACCCCAUGGUCUGCAAUUAGUUUGUAUAUGAGAUUGUGCAUUAGAGUAAUCAAUAUCAGUUCUGGAACUAGUGAGCAAAACCUGCAGAACAGUAGUGCAGGGUGUGUUUUUAUGCCUGUAACAUUCGGAUCAGAGGUCAGCUAGUAGUACAUUGCAUCGUGUCAUCUGAAAAA